UCCCGACAGCCACGAUCAACCGAAUCCCAUGAGCCGUCCGCCCUGCCAGUCAUCUCAUCUGUGCUAGCCAGGCAAGACGACACCGCCAUCGCAGCUCCAUUACUCCUCCAGCCAGUACUCCAAUCCCUGCUGCUGCGUUUCAUGGCGACAUAUAGCAGCUAAACCUCGAUGCUUGCGUCCAUCUGCACACGUACCGCAGUCCGCAGUGACGCCAGAACAUCGAGCUGUAGCGGCCAGGCCAAGGAUAGAUCCGGCAGAGGCCGGCCGGCGUCGUACGUGAGCUCGAGAGGCGGCCAGGGGGGUUGAGAUGCGGAGCGGCGGGUGCGCGGUGCAGCAGGAGCUGGCGGGGGACGCAGCCGCCGUGAUGCACCAGGCGGUGAGCCUGGCGCGCCGCCGGGGACACGCGCAGGUCACGCCGCUGCACGCCGCCAGCGCCAUGCUCGCGGACGCCGGGGGCCUCCUCCGCGCCGCCUGCCUCCGGUCGCGGGCGAGCUCCCACCCGCUCCAGUGCAAGGCGCUCGAGCUCUGCUUCAACGUCGCGCUCAACCGCCUCGCCACGGCGGGGGCCCCGGCGGCCAUGUUCCACCACUUCCACCGCGCGCCGGCGCUGUCCAACGCGCUCGCCGCCGCGUUCAAGCGCGCGCAGGCGAACCAGCGCCGGGGAGGGGGAUCUACCUCCGCGGAGGUCGCCGCCAGGGUCGAGCUCGAGCAGCUCGUCAUCUCCAUCCUCGACGACCCUGGCGUCAGCCGCGUCAUGCGCGAGGCCGGCUUCUCCAGUGCCGAGGUCAAGGCCAACGUCGAGAAGGCGGUCGUCUCAUCGUCGGAGCAGUCGUCAAACACGGCAAGCAGCACCAGCGCCUCCCCGAAUGAUCCUAAACCCAAGGAGGCCAGAGCAAAGGUCGACGUCGUCGGCGACGCCGCGGGGCGCGUGCUGGACUGCAUGGCGAGCCGACGGAACCGAUGCGUGGUGGUCGUCGGCGAGAGCGCGCCCGCCGCGGAGGGGGUGGUGAAGGCGGUGAUGGACAAGGUGAGCAAGGGGGACCUGCUGCUCCAGCACGAGUGCUUCAAGAGCGCCCAGUUCGUGCCCUUGUCGGCCGCCUCCUUCCAGGGCUUGCCGAGGGAGGAGGUGGAGGCCAGGGCCGCCGACCUGCGCGCGCUCGUGCGCGAGGGCUGCGCCGCCGGCAAAGGCGUGGUGCUCGUGCUCGAGGACCUCGCCUACGCCGCCGAGGCCUGGUCCGCCGCGUCGUGGAAGAGAAGUGACCCCCGCGCGCAUGUCCCCGUCGAGCACGCGGUCAUGGAACUCAGCAGCCUGGUGCGCGGCGGCCACGACAUGUUCUGGCUGCUUGGCUUCGGAACCUACGCGUCCUACACGAGCUGCAGGUCGGGGCAGCCGUCCCUGGAGGCCAUCUUGGAGCUACACCCCGUUCUCGUGCCGGACGGCAGCCUCGCGUUGAGCCUCGGCGGCGACAGUGAGAUCACACACUGCGGUGCCGACAUGGCCGUGGCGACGGCGGCGAGCGUCCCCUCGUGGGUUCGCCGAAGCCAACAAGGUCCAUUCCUCACCGGAUCGGAGCUCACGCUGAGCUUCACCUCUCCGGCAUCUUCCUCCUUCUACGGCUUCACCCGUUACGACGCCAACAUGAGCUGCGAGCCAUGGCAUGAUCGCAUCGACCGGCGGCAGCCGCCGUUGCUGAACCACGGGCACGAUGGCCCAAUGGCCCAGUCGCGCGAUCAGCAAUUUCUCGCGAACCCUAAUCCUGGGUCGUCUAGCUCGGUGUCCAAAUCUAACUCAUCGGACGCCGCGACGGAGCCUGCUGCAGCUCACCGCCGCCGUCCAAAGUUCACCGAGCUCACCGCGGAGAAUCUCAAGAUCCUGUGCAGCGCACUCGAGACGCGCGUCCCGCGCCACAGAGAUCUAGCUGCGGGCGUCGCUAGCGCCGUGCUCCAGCGCCGCUCCGGCGUGACAAGGACGACGCGGCCGAGCUCGGCGACGUGGUUGCUCUUCCAAGGGAGGGACGAUGACGGCAAGGCGGCGAUGGCCAGGGAGCUCGCCAGGCUUGUCUUUGGCUCCUACGCCGAGUUCACCUGCAUCACCGCGGCAAAGCUAACCUCCGGUUCCAACUCCGGCGACAGCCACAAGAGGCAGAGGUCGCCGGCGGACAACGAGCACGGCUACAUGCAGAGGUUCUACGAGGCGAUCCGCGAGAACCCUCACCGCGUCGUGAUGAUCGACGGCGUCGAGGAUGACUUCUCAGAAGUCGGUAUCAAGAAUGCCAUGGCAACCGGAACGGUGAGGGGUUUCGGCGGUGACACGGUCAGCUUGGAGGACGCCAUCGUAGUGAGCUGUCAAGUGUCCGGGUCGAGGUCUAGGGUUUCCUCCCCUCGGCCCGUGAAGCAACGACGUUUCAUGGGUGACGUCGACAGCAAGGCGGAAGAUGGCGGCGUGGAGAAAGGAGCUGUGCCACGGUUUGGCUUGGAUUUGAAUACCUGCGCCGCCAUGGUCGGAGAAGGGGAAGAAGCAGGGAGUUCUUUGCCUAAUGACAUGGAUAUCCUUAAAGCUGUGGAUGGCGUUUUCUUCUUCUAAUAUUAAAGGAAAAAUAGUUUGAUUAUUAGCUUUGCUUCAUUUGAUAACAAUUUUACCUGUUGCUAGCUGUUGCCCUAUUAUUUCUGCCUUGAAUAUUUUUUUCUUCAAGAAAACAUAUGGAACUAUGCAUCUUGUAUAUUAA